AUGCCCAAGAUCUGCUUACUAAGGCAGCAGCCUCUCCUUGAUCAUGGUAGGUGCUUCUGCAGUUUGUGUUUGCAAAGACCUGAAGGCAGGGAACAGCUGUUUUUCAUAGAUAUACUUGUGUCUCAAGAGGUCUGUGGAAAUGCCAGUUCAGUGACUCUUCCAGAGACUUUGCUGUUUGUUUCGACUCUGGAUGGGAAUUUACAUGCUGUGAGCAAGAGGACAGGGUCAAUUAAGUGGACUUUAAAAGAAGAUCCUGUACUUCAGGUGCCAUUACAUGUAGAAGAACCGGCUUUUCUUCCCGACCCUAAUGACGGCAGUCUGUACACUCUUGGCGGCAAGAAUAAUGAAGGCUUGACUAAACUGCCAUUCACCAUUCCUGAGCUGGUUCAAGCAUCCCCUUGUCGCAGUUCAGAUGGAAUCCUAUACAUGGGAAAGAAACAGGAUAGCUGGUAUGUGAUAGACCUCAUGACGGGGGAGAAACAACAAACUCUGACCUCUUCGUUUGCCGAAAGCCUUUGCCCGUCUACAUCUCUCCUUUAUCUUGGACGAACAGAGUACACCAUAACGAUGUACGAUACCAAGAGUAAAGAGCUCCGAUGGAAUGCCACCUACUUCGAUUAUGCAGCCACGUUGCCUGAUGAAGACGCGCAGUACAAAAUGUCCCAUUUUGCUUCUAAUGGAGAUGGACUGGUGGUGACUGUGGACAGCGAGUCUGGGGACGUCCUGUGGAUCCAGAAUUAUGGCUCCCCCGUUGUAGCUUUUUAUAUUUGGCAGCGGGAGGGAUUAUGGAAAGUAAUGCACACCAACGUGGGGAUAGAAACACUGCGGUACCUAACAUUCAUGUCUGGUGAAGUUGGACGCAUCACAAAGUGGAAAUACCCCUUUCCUAAGGAAACAGAGGCCAAGAGCAAAUUGAUGCCAACACUCUAUGUGGGGAAAUAUUCCACCAGCUUGUAUGCAUCGCCAUCAAUGGUUCACGAAGGGGUGGCUAUUAUGCCCCGAGGAAGUGCAAUACCAUUGAUAGAGGGUCCAAAAACACGUGGUGUCACCAUUGAAGACAAUGGCGAAUGUGUUAUCACCCCCAGUACUGACCUAAAGUUUACUUCCGGAUUUAAACACAAGAACAGACUCAACUAUUUGAGGAAUCACUGGCUUUUAAUAGGGCACCAUGAGACACCAUUGUCAGCCCCUACGAAGAUCCUGGAGAAAUUUCCAAGCAAUUUGCCAAAGCGGCAAGAAAAUAUUAUCCCAGCGGAUUCAGACAAAGCUGCUUUUGAAGAGGCAAUUGAUAUUGCUGGGCGUUCCGCAAAAGACUUGCACCCUCCCAUCCCAGAGGAUGCUGAAGAGAUGCUCAGCCAACCUGCGCCCCAACCGGAAGCUCCUGUGGAUUCCAUACUGAAGGACAUGGCCACCGUCAUCCUCAGCACGUUCUUACUUGUUAGCUGGGUUGCCUUUAUCAUCACGUAUCCAAUGAGUGUGCACCAUCAGCAACAGCGACAACAUCAGCAGUUCCAGAAACAGCUGGAGGAGAAGAUUCAGCUGUUGCAGCAUCAGCCCUUCAAUCCUGCCAUCGACUUGCCCCCUGAAGCAGACUUCUUGGAUGGUUCCUGUGCAAGGACGGAGAGCUCUGCCACCAGCACACCAAACAUGUCCCCAAAGGCAUCAAAUCACUCUGCGUAUUCCAAUGUUUCUGCCUCUGAUGUUGGGAGUGGUCUUUCCACUGAGCAGGAAGAAGAUGGAGAUACAGGUGUCAUAACAGUUGGAAAGAUUUCAUUCCACCCGAAAGACAUGCUCGGACAUGGAGCUGAGGGAACAAUUGUUUAUAGGGGGACAUUUGAUAACCGAGCAGUAGCUGUGAAGAGAAUUCUCCCCGAAUGCUUCAGCUUUGCUGACAGAGAGGUGCAGCUGUUGCGAGAAUCCGACGAACAUCCGAACGUGAUCCGCUACUUCUGCACGGAGAAGGACCGUCAGUUCCAGUACAUAGCCCUUGAGCUCUGUGCUGCCACUUUACAGGAGUAUGUGGAGCAAAAGGACUUCAGUCACCAUAGUUUGCAGCCUAUCACCGUUUUGCAACAGACCAUGUCCGGUCUUGCUUAUCUCCACUCUCUCAAUAUUGUCCACAGAGAUCUGAAGCCCCAUAAUAUCCUCAUUUCUAUGCCUAAUGCCCACGGUAAAGUCAAAGCCAUGAUCUCAGACUUUGGCCUGUGUAAGAAGCUUGCGGUGGGCAGGCACAGCUUCAGCCGUCAGUCUGGAGUGCCGGGCACCGAAGGCUGGAUAGCUCCAGAGAUACUGAGUGAGGACCGCAAAGAAAAUCCAACACAUACAGUAGAUAUUUUUUCAGCGGGAUGUGUCUUCUAUUAUGUGAUAUCGGAAGGCAACCACCCAUUUGGCAAAUCCCUGCAGCGGCAAGCCAAUAUUUUGCUGAGUGCCUACAGCCUGGACUGCCUGGAUCCAGAGAAGCAUGAGGACAUAGUUGCUCGUGACUUAAUAGAGCAAAUGAUAAGUACAGAUCCUCAGAAGCGGCCUUCAGCCAACUGCGUGGUGAAGCAUCCAUUUUUCUGGGGUUUAGAAAAGCAGCUCCAGUUUUUCCAGUUUUCACAACAACCAUACUUCUUGCCCUCCGGUUCUCCUCCCAAUGGAAUCGUGCGUCCGCAUGCCGCCACACAGAGCUUGAAGGGUGCUCAGCUGAAUCCUAGAUCACAGCCCCUUCCCGUGUGGGAGUGGAGCACAGACUGGGUGAACGAGAUGGAAGCCAAGUACACGCAGCCGGCUGAGAACUGGAGCGCCACCCCACAGUUCGGAGAAGGAAAGGCAGAGCCAGGAGAGACCCAGAAACUCGCUCCUCCCUUGCAGGAGACAAAGGGUGCCUGCAUGUCUGACUUGAUCAGCUACCGAGACGGAGCCAUUGGUGCCAGCCAGGCCUCUCUCACAAGCACCCGGAAUGCAGGGUCAGGAGACUUUGCCGUUCCUAAAAGAGGCAAGGAAGCUGAUGGGAAAACCCACCAUUCAGAAACAAGGGCUGGGAAGUAG